GGUGCCAUGCGUUUCUUGUGUUCAUCUCAGAUAUUUCUCCCUGCUUUCGCUCUCCUCCUUGUGGAUAAACCAUCUUGUAUAAAAGGGGAGAAAACAAAGGAAAGGGAGCAGACGUAAGAGGUUUGAAAAUCUAAAAGGGUUGUUAGGAAGAGAUCUAGAGGGUUUCUCUGUGUUUGAUUGUGUAGAGAGAGAGAGAGAGAGAGCACCAUGAAGAUAACGUGUAAUUCCUGUGAGGUAGCAGAGGCGGUGGUGAUGUGCUGUGCAGAUGAAGCCGCCCUCUGCAGUGGCUGUGAUGAGAAGAUCCAUGCUGCUAACAAGUUGGCAGAGAAGCAUCAGAGGAUUCCUCUCAUGUCCGCCUCUCAGAUGCCCAAGUGUGAUAUUUGCCAGGACGCCAUCGGCUACUUCUUCUGCGUAGAGGACCGGGCUCUGCUAUGCCGGAAAUGCGAUGUGGCAAUUCACACGGCCAAUGCCUAUGUCUCGGGGCACCAGAGGUUCUUAAUCACGGGGGUGCGGGUCGGUCUCGAGACCACCCCUGUCGUCAUCAACCCUGAUCCUGCAGACAGAGGCCCUGCCCCGCCUCCUAAGUGCCCUGCUCCGUUUCUGUCCAAGAAACCGACUCCGGAGGCGGCUCAAACCACGGCGACGGUGCCUGCGGCAGCCACGAUCGCUACUGCUGCCUCCUCUGUAGAUCCAUUUCCGGUCCAGAACUGCAUUCGUGAUAACGCAGGUACCACCGGCAAGGCCCAGUUCCCGGGCACUCCGGUCACCGGGCUACUGCCCAACUGGGGUCUUGAUGAUUUCCUGAGCCUGCCUGAUUUCGAUCAGAACUUCGCGUUCGUCGAUAAUGGCUCAUCUAAGGUUGAUCCGAGCAAGUACGGGGAGUGCGAUUGGUCGCCGAUCUACCACGCUGCCGACGAGGAACUGUCCGUCGAGGAAUGCACAUUCCAGGUGCCGGAGAUGCCGUCGCCGCCGACCGACUCCGGGCUCUACUGGCCGGCUAAUUUUCCGGCAGCUCGGUCGUACGCUGAUGACUCGUUCUUCGUACCGGACAUCACAUCCUCGUCUUCACCUUCUCUCAUCCAGCAACCAUUCUACCAGGUCCACCAUGGUGGGCUAUUGACCGGGAAGCGCCGGAGGCACGUGUGAAGCUCCGGCGACGAAUGCCGGAAGUAUGGUUAGGGUUAGGCCUGAGGGUCUGUGUUCCUUAGGCUUGUGUAUGUUGGCAAUAGGUAGCGCUGACCCUCCGCUCUUGUGUGUUAGGAUUGGACCAGCUAGCUUGUACUCUCCGCACCUUGUGUGAAGUAUCUAAAAAGAAAGGCCCAUAGCUUGUAUGAAAAUGACGCUCUUACCUGGUUUUUCUUUAGUUGUAACUAAGUUCUUUGGCUGUGAUGUAUCUAUUGAAUUUGUAGCAGCGGUGACUAGGUCCAUCAGUCAUUGUACCCAAAUUUUGUGGGCAAUUAAGUAAUUGUACUUGUAAUUUGCAAAGGA